AUGACCACGACGUAUACUUUCUACUGCCUCACUCUCGCCUUUCUAGCCACCGCCCUUGUCACCAGCACCGUCAUAUGUUUUCUGUCAUUUCUCAAGCUCCAUGCUCGAAGUAAGACGGCAGAGGUCGGGGUCAACUGGAUCCGGGCCUCGAUGACCAUCACCUGCAUAUGGCUCAUCGUAUGGUUGGUAGAGGCGUCCAUGGCUUUUCAUGUCGACAGGAGCGACAUUACGGGGCCAAGUACCCUGCACAGCGUUCUCGAUCAUCUGGAGGGUGCGAGGACACUCUUGGGCGUCGUGACAUCGGCGACCAUCAUGAGCACUGAGGCUGAGCUCGUCGUCACCCUCAAGCAGGACGUCACGAUCAAGAACACUCGCACCCUGACCUGGGCCUUGUGGACAUUUAUCCUCUUUCUUGGGCUGAUUCGCUUCAUCUUCUACGAGAUCAGCCUCACGACGCACGACGCUGAAGUCAUAUACAGCGCCUCGGCGUACAUGGAGAUGGCCCUCUACGUCGUCAUCUGCUUGAUUGCCUUCGUCCCCUUCAUCUGCCUCGUUCUGUACCGCUCGAUGCUCCCCAACUCAAUUUUCUUCCUACUCCUCAUCGCCUACUUCCUCACCGUCGGCCGUCUCGGCUUCUCCAUCGCCCAAGACGUCCUCGUCGGGAUCGGCGCCGACCAGCACGACGCCUACCUCACCCUCCCAAACUGGAUACGCAUCGCCGAAGCCGCCGUCGUCGGCUGGGCGGCCGUCAUGACCAUGACCAUCAUCUACAGCGCCAUCCCCAAGCCGAAGAAGAAGAGGCCUUCGCGCCGAAACAGGCUCUCCACGGCCUCCGACAUGUCCUUCAACUGCCAGGACACUCUCUACUGGGACGCAUUGACCAAGAGCUCGAUCGAGAGCAAUCAGGUCUAG